AUGCUGCUGCGUCCGCAUCUCAGCCGCUGGCUGCAGGCCACUGUGUAUCUGCGCGUGCACCGCUGGACGGACUGGGCGCUGCUGGCGGGCGCGCUGCUGCUCUACGGCCUCGCGACGCGGCUCAUGACGCUCCCCGUGGUGUUGGACAAGUGGGCCAACGCCUGGCAGCAGACGUGGUGGGUGGCGCUGCUCGGGCUGCUGCUGGGCGCCAUGGAGGAUCUGUGCGUGUGCGCUUUCAUGCUCGCGACGCUCUGGAGCUUCGACUACCUCACGCUCAAGUCCCCGGCCGAGCGGCACAGGCUGGCGCGUCGACGCAGAGAGAAGCAGAAGGCUCUGGCCGCCGAGAAGGCGGACGUGGAGCAGGGAGUGCAAGUCUACGAGGGCGAGACGGACACCCCCGCGUGGAUGGAGGCGGUGGUGCUCACCGAGCAGUUCGGCCGACUGGCAGUGUACACGCUCGUAUUUCUCGUUGCAACGGGCGGCCUGUGUCUGGACUCGGUCUUCCUGCGGGGCCGCAAGAUGCGCUUCUCGGCGGACUUUGUCGCCAUGUACUUCCGCGAGUGGGACGCCGCGGGGGAACUGGAGAUCGACACGGCCGAGUGGAUCGUGCUCUUCUGGACUGUGUUGUUCACUGUGCUGCUGUCUGUGUUCGUGGGGCUGCUGGGCGCGUGUUGGAUCAACCUGAUGGACUGGGACGUGCUGCGAUUCAGUGACUACGAGCGUCUGCAUGAUGAUAAAGAGGACGACGAUGAAUCCGACAGCUCUGACGACUCGGAUGAAAGCGACGACGACGAUGACGACGAUUGCUCGUGCGUGCGCAACGCUUCGUUUCGGCUGACACCGCGAGUUGUGCUCGUUCUUCUCGUCAUCGCGUUCUUCCUCACUACGUUCUCACUGGCCAAGAUGCUGCCGACUGUAGUGGGGCUGAUUGCGCUGAACCCAGUGCUCAGCGAGCCCUUGCGACUAGGUGCUGGGGUGCAGUUUGUAGCGGGAAGGGAUUCAAGCAGCAUCAGCACGAGGCCGUUCAGCGAGUUCAUUGAGCGGGAGACGGAGCUCUCCCAGAUCUUCGAUGAGAACUCGCUGUACCGUCGCACGUUGGCCUUCGACGGUCCGCUGGCCUUUGACAUUAAAGUUGGGCGAGAGGAGCGGCCUAAUGUGCUGCUGCUUGUGAUGGAGUCUUUCCGAAUGCAAGACUCGGCGUUCCUCCUGAACAGUGUGCUCGAAGGAGAGGUGGAGGCAGCUACUGCGUCAUUGCUCCCACCAAACGUGACGCUCACGCCAAACUUCGAUCGAUGGGCGUCGCGUGGUGUGGCGAUGCGGAACCUGUGGUCAACUUGGCGGACAAGUCGCUCUAUUGAAACCUUGCUUUUCGGUCAGAUGCCCUACGACAGUGUGACGGAGACGGGCACCACUUCAGGACGCCUGGAUACAAACCUCACCGGCCUGCCGCAGCUAUUCAAGGCCAAGGGCUACGACACCAUCUUCACCACGGGAACGCGCACGGACUACGACUACUGGGAUACGUUCUUGCCUGCGCAUGGCUUCGACACGGUGUUAGACCGAUGGGGGCUGGUGGACAUCGUCGAGAACGAGCUGAAGCUCGACAAUUGGUCCGAAGGCAACCACAUGCUCACGUACUGGGGCAUUCACGACGACCUGUCGUACACUGCGCUCUCACACAUUAUUCGUACCCGGCAAUUCGCCCAAAAUGUCGCCAAGCAGCAAGCAGAGCGCGAUGCGGCCGCUGCCAAGAUGAAGACACCGAGCAACGUGACGGAGAAACCGCUCCCAGUCACCACCGCGUCGACAAAUCCGUGGUUUGCAACACAUUACACCAUUUCAAGCCACGUGCCGUUCCAUGAGCGCCCAGACUGGUUCUUCCGCUAUGCGGCUGAGCACCGAGAAGAGAUGGACCAGUUUGAGCCGCUGUACAAGGGCCACGAACACGAAGAGCUGAUUCGUGACUACGUCCAGAUGAGGUAUUUCUCGGACAUGGUGUUCGGCCGAUUCAUGGAGCAGCUCGAGAGGGACAACGUGCUGAAGGACACCAUUGUGGUGGUGGUUGGAGACCACGGCCAAGCGCCAGAGCUCGGUAGUGCAACACCCGAGCAGGACCAGAUCGCGUCGUCUCGAGUCGCUGGAGCGAUUAUCGCGGAAGGCCGAAUCAAAACUCCCGUGGUGAUUGACGACGCGGCCUCGCAGUCCGACAUACUCAACACACUGGCCGACAUCGUGAGGUUACCCGUGGGGGGUCUGCUGCAGACCAGCAUCGGUCGCUCGCUGAAGCGUGUGCCGCCCAAGGGGGUCGGCAAGCGAGUGGCUUUCAGCAACAACCCGGCCACGAACCUUGCGGCGGUGGUGGGCAACAUCCGCCUGCACUUCUUCGCCGACGGAUCGGACGCAGUGCGCGCGUACCACACGCAGCGUGAUCCGCGACAAAAGCACGAUCUCAUGGGCGAGCUCUCGGACGAGCGUGUUAGCGAGUUGCUGCAGAUCUGCGCGGAUGGCCGCGCACUGAACGCGUACUUUAAGCAUCGGUGGGACCACAACUGCUUGCUGCAGCCGAUCUGCGGGCGCGCGCGGCAAAGUGAUGUAUAA